ACUUUCUGGGAGCGCGUUUGUGAAUCUACUCAGAUUUACUGGCGACUGACGGUUGUAUUCGUCGAAGUUAUUAAAGUUCACUAAAUUUUUCUCUAAGUUGGUUGUUCAUCCAUUCAAGAAUCUGCUCUUGAUUGAUGAGAAGUUAAUAUUCAUUAUAUCCAGUAAAAAUAACCCUACUCGCAUCACUACUAGCAUUCUAAACAUGGUCCUAGGGUAUAGUUAUUCUUUAGACUGUGAUUCAGAGUCUGGAAAGAAUAACCUUGUUGAUUUGGAGGAAUUCCCUGCCUUAACAAAAUCAAAACCUAUCAGCUUCAGCGGUGUAACGUGGAAAAGCCAAGUCUUUGUUCCUACUGAGGAUUCCAUAGAGUCAGAGGCCACUGGAAAUAACUGUUUGAAUUUCUCUAAAAAGAAACGCUUAAAGAAAAAGAAGAAAAAGAUCCUUUGCAGUGAGGAAAGCACUGAUGAUAGCUCUCCUGCCAAGUGUUAUGACUUCUGUUUUUUUGUGAGCGAAGAAGUGGAAAGCACAACAGAAGCAAAUCAACCAUCAUUUCGUGAAACUCAUUUCGAAUUCAUAAAAAGUCACACUAAAUCAGAUGCAAUAGUAACCAAUGGAGAUAGUCAUUUAACAGAAUCUUCGAUUGUUGAGGUUACCAACCCAUUGCAGGUGGAAGAUGAAGGUUUCGUUGAGGAGUUAAUUGACUAUGCAACUAACCAUCAUCUUGUUUCUUAUUCUUUUCCCACGAAUACGUCAAAUAUUCUGUCCUCUGGUUCUACUCAGCACUCAAUCCAAUCUAGACCUAUUUACGAAUCACGAAUAAUUAGUCCCACAUGUCCGCUAAACUCCACAAAAGAUCAAAUGGCUGCAUUAGGGUUGAAUCACUCUGUGUCCAAUGCUUUAAAACUCCAAACAAAUCCUAUUAAAUGCCCUGUUAAAGAAAAGACACUAAGAAAUGUGCGACUAACUAAUACAGAACAACAUGCUCGAAGUAUGAGUCCAUCUAAUCUUACUGACACAUAUCUGUCUUCAAAAGAUACAAAUGAUCAUAUCGACGAAGAUGAUAUGGAGGGUACAGAUCUACUUCAUUUAAUCAGCAAUUCAUUAGAUCGAUUUAAUGCUAUUGUUCACCCACGAGAUAAUAUAUCAACAUUAACAUCUGGUUUAGGUGAAUCUAGAAAUAUUUUAUCCGAAUCUGAGAGUAGUAAUAGUUACUCUCAAGAUUGUCUAUUUCCCACUGAUAUUAUUACAAAACCUACUACAAUAUUAUCUGCUGAUAGAGAAUGUAAAUUCUCGAAUAUGAUGAAUAUGGGCAAUAAAUUAGUCCAGAAACACUUUAAUCAUUCAUCGUUGUUAAUUUUGGAUUCUGAAGUAGAACAAACUGAUAAACUUUUGGAAAUAAAUAAUUCUUCAUAUACCACUACUACAACAAGUUCAUCUUUUGGGCGUUUACCACUAUCAUUAUCGUACUCAUACUCAAAUGAGGUCCCUUUAGCUUCUUGUCAACCGAAUACAACAUACUAUUCCAAUAUUCCAUCAACUAUACCAAUUGAUGUUACUGCUCCCGCUGUCACUAAAUAUAUUGUGCCACCAACCGAUUCUAUACAAGCUAAAAACGUUCUUACGGAUAAGUCAAAAUCAUGUUGGCCAACUUUACCUGUUAGUGUAACUCAACAUAAUCCAAAAGUGUUAACUUCAUCCACAGAAUCAAACAAUUUACUUGUUGAAUUAAUUAACAAUAACCGAAAUAUGUUAACUGAUAAUGAUAUAGAAAUGUUAAAUUAUUUAAAUUUGGAUUUAAAAAAUCUUUUAUGUAAUAUUUCAACUACUAAUACCACCAAUACAACUGCUGUUUAUACAACUUUAGUUGAUUCACCUUCUCUUCAUCAUAGUAGUGUUAAUAAUAACAAAUGUAACUCAAUGGGUUUAUUUGUUAAUAGAGACGAAAAUCUAUGGAAUCAUAGUAAAUCAUUUCAAUCCAAUAUGUCGUUAAUGCAUAAGACGCAACCACUAAGACAUCCAUGUCAGUCACCUCAAACAACAAGUCUACCGCCAUUAUCGAAAAUACUUCUUCAGCAUCCUAAUACUGUGCCAUCAACUCCUGUAGAUGUAAUGAAAUAUGAAUGUUUAAAUGAUGAUUCAGAUAAAUUACUAAUGAAUUCAUCUGAUAAAAUGAUAUUUAAUACGAAAUGUAUUAAUAACGCAAAUAACAAACGUAAUGAUAAUUUUAUCGCAUCGUUCUCAUUAACAUCAGUAAAUAAUUCUACUGGAUGGUCGACAGAAGCAAUUAAUAGCUUGCCAUGCGACACAAGAAAUAUGUUAGCACGAUCGCAUUCAGUGGAUAUCAUCAAGAAACUUCUGUUACUUCAUCAUUAUCUACAAUAGGACCAGGAGUAACAAUGACAACAUCAUGCUCUAUCAAUCGUACACCGAUUAUUAACGUGAAUUAUCCAUUAACAACUGGAAAUUUAAAUACGAACCGCUUACCUAUUAUUGGACAUUCUACAUCUACAUCUGGUAAAAAUAAAAUGACGUCUGUAAGUUUACCACUACCAGUGUGUACUACUAAUUCUACUGUGAAAAAUUUAAAUGGAUCACAACAACAGGAGGGAUUUUCCAAUGCUCACUGUAGACGACAAAACAAUAAUAAUAUACCUUCGAACAUUGGCAACAUUUCAGUUUGUUCAGUGGGUACUUUCAAUUCAGUAAAACAAGCAGGUUCGAAUUCCCAAUUGUCAUGUAAUAAAUCUCGUUGUUGUACAAAUGGUCAAAUGGCACCAGGAGCAGUGACGACUAUAACACCAUCAGAUUCAUCAUUAUCAUCAUUAUACCCAGGUACAGAAUUAGUCAACGGAAAACCAGUUGUAGCUAAAUGGCGUCGUGCAUGCAGCUUUUACUUACGUGGACAUUGUAAAAAAGAAGAUUGUGAAUUUGCACAUGAUUUAACAAAAGUGACUUGUAAAUUCUGGGAGAUGGGUGAGUGUUUCAAAGGAUCCACCUGUCCAUUUCUACACGGUUAUCCACCAGAAUUGAAUAUUGAGCAGCAGCAUUCAUAAGUAAUAAACUGGAAUACGCGUGUGUGUACAUGGGCAGCUUUUAGUGUGUUCAUUUCCCUUUUUUCUACGUAACGCUCACAAUUUGAUUAUUUUAUUCCUUUUGUUUACUUGUACCAAAGAGAGGCUCCAUAUGGGAAUACCUAGAAGAAAGGAAGUGAAAAAAACGACAUAAUCCUUAUUUAAAUGCAUUUUGUUUGUAUCUUUGUUGUCUUUUAAUAUGUUAAUUUAUUUUGUUUUCCUAUCGUACACAUUUUAUGUAUGGUUCGAGCUGAAAGCUCUGUCUCCCUUACUUCUUGUAUUAUUCUAAGAUUAUUCUACUGGGAGAAACGAAAAGAGAACAUUUUUACACUUUAUUCACGUCCAUUAUUAUUAUUAUUAUUAUUAUUAUUAUUAUUAUUAUUAUUAUUGCUAUCGCCGUUAUCAUUACCAUUAUCAACAUUAUUAUUACGACCGUUAUCUUUUUUUACUAGCAAUAGUUUUCUCAAACUUCUAAACAAAAAACAUCUAUCAGUGGGUACUGUCUAUCUUGUUUAUUGAUUUAACAAAAAUCGGUUUCUUUUAUAUCAAUGCAGAUAUACUCACAUGAAUGGCACAAGUUCUAUAGUCUCUACUUUCAAUUCCUCACUCACAAAUUUGAUUUUCGUCUAUGUAUUUUUUUCACUCCGAUUUUAUUGUAUUGGUUUAUUCGUACUUUGAUAUUUUCCUUUUUACUUGUUUACUUGUACUCAUAUCUCUAAUGUUGAAUAUAGUUUCAGUUGACAAGAUGCCUCCUUUUGCCGUUGUUUUUUUUUCACUGUAAACGUUUUUAAUUAUUCUACUUGUUUUUUUCUUUUACUGUUUUCCUUUCUUUUCCAAAAUCCUCACUCUCUAAUAAUGUGUUAAUAUAUUUUUGCAAUUUGUUCGUAGUAUAAUUGUUAACUUUGACUAUUAUAAUAUGGUUUUUUUGAUUCAGGUAGAAUUCCACCGCCCGUUCAACAAUUAAGGUGUUUCAGUGGUAGAGACAGAAAACAGUGAUAUAUGAUUUCGUAACUGUUGUUUUGUAUUUUUUGUUUACGCCUCUUUCAACUUCCGAUAUAAACGUACACAUCCGUUCAUCUGUUCUAUUAAUUACAUUUAUCUCCGUUUUAUUUUCACUGUUAACAAAAAACGUAUCGACAUUAUUGUGGUCUCCUUUUUUUUCUUUUUGGUAUACACUUGAUCAAAGCAGUAAAGAAGAAAGCAUCAACAGAUACAACUUUUUAUUUCACGUAAUAUCCCAUAAUGACUUUAAGUAAUAUUGGUGAACUUUUUAAAAUAUGCACAUGUACGCAUUAUCGAAGGAUAUGAGUUCUGUUUGCUUGUUCACUCGCUCAUCUGUAUGCAUAAUUGUACUUUUGGUUUAAUUUACUAAACAUGAGAAUGAUGUUGAUUAAUUAUAUUGAUUCAUCUAAUUCUCUUCUUUCUCUCAAAAUCGAUUUUGCCUGAACGGAAACAAAGAUAACAAGAAAUUAAAUCUGAGCGAUGUAAUAUCUUUCAGGUAUUAUUACUCCGAUGUCAUUUGCCUUUAUUUUUAUUGAUUAUUUACUUCAUCAUACUCCCUUUGUAUCUCAGGUGGUAAAAACGUUUCUGAGAUUCAUAAUGUGUUACUUCUUGUCCUUAAAAGUUGACUGAUUACUGUUAACUUUCUAGGCAUUUACAAAUCUGUUAAUUUCUUUUUAUAGCGUAAUAGAAAAUUUUUCUUUACUAUGGUAAAUAACUUCCUAUUCACUUUGCUCAAUAUUAUUUCAUUUUAAUAUAGAAACGAGAAAUGAAACAAUUUUAAUCCUUUUUGUCUAUUUCUCUUUGCAUCACACAAAUAUGUACACAUUACGUGGUACAUCUACUCUUUAUAUGUUUAUUGACCUAUUGAUUAACUGCUGCAGCUCUCUUUCUUUUUAUCCACAUUUAGUACAUACCACUUAAUCUGUAUUGUUUUUCGUGCCAGUUAUUAGCUAUAUCAUAUAUGAUUAAAUUAACAUUUAGUUAACAGUAUUCUUUGUGGAUUACAUUAUAAUUUAGUACAACGUCUCAAUCUAUUUAUAAUUUCUCACUAUCUAUGCUUCUGAAUGCUAAAGAAGUUGACAGUGUCUGCAGAUAUGUAGUUGGUUUUUCUGUUUGACGUGAAAACUGUUUGUCAAUAUCUUUUAGUGUGUACAUGAAUAGAAAACAAAGACAGUUGCUUGUUUUAUCAUAUCUAUAUAAUAUCUGUAUUGAUGAAUAUCAUAAGGAGAUAAAGUCUUAUUGUCUUUUUUUUCAUAUGAAUAAAAAAAUUAUUUGCUC